GACAGCCCGCCCCUUCCCACAGUCCGACCGGCCCCCUCCUGCCCACAUCGAGCAGCUCAGGCGUUGUUUUUCCCUCCCCCUGCCUGGAUGAUGAGGUACCGCACCGGGCUGAGGACGCAGCCAGCAGCCGCAGCAUCGACGGCGGAGGCGGACAUGUGGACGGCGAUGACGGGGACCGGCGGCGGCCACCAGGCUCACCUGCAGUGAACCGGCGAGGAUGGCGGGGGGCCGGAGGGGACUUGUGGCCCCCCAGAACACUUUUUUGGAGAAUAUUGUCAGGCGGUCGAACGUUUGGACACUGUCACAUAGGCAGACAGACACCAACUUCGUCCUGGGGAACGCCCAGAUCGUGGACUGGCCCAUCGUCUACAGCAACGAUGGCUUCUGCAAGCUGUCGGGCUACCACAGGGCCGAGGUGAUGCAGAAGAGCAGCACCUGCAGCUUCAUGUAUGGCGAGCUCACAGACAAGGACACGACGGAAAAAGUGCGACUGACGUUUGAGAAUUACGAGAUGAACUCCUUUGAAAUACUGAUGUACAAGAAGAACAGGACGCCUGUUUGGUUCUUUGUGAAGAUCGCACCGAUUCGGAACGAGCAGGAGAAGGUGGUCUUGUUCCUAUGCACCUUCAGCGACAUCACGGCCUUCAAGCAGCCCAUUGAGGACGACUCUUCCAAAGGAUGGGGGAAGUUCGCCCGACUCACCCGAGCGCUGACCAGCAGCAGAGGCGUCUUGCAGCAGCUUCAGCCGACGGUGCACAAAGGAGAGAACGUUCACAAGCACUCGCGACUAGCAGAGGUGUUGCAGCUGGGCUCCGACAUCCUCCCCCAGUACAAGCAGGAGACCCCCAAGACCCCGCCCCACAUCAUCCUGCACUACUGCCUCUUCAAGACCACGUGGGACUGGGUCAUCCUCAUCCUCACCUUCUACACGGCCAUCAUGGUGCCCUACAACGUGUCUUUCAAGACCAAGCAGAACAACGUGACGUGGCUGGUGGUGGACAGCAUCGUGGACGUCAUCUUCCUGGUGGACAUCGUCCUCAACUUCCACACCACCUUCGUGGGCCCCGCCGGCGAGGUCAUCUCCGACCCCAAGCUCAUUCGCAUGAACUACCUGAAGACCUGGUUCGUCAUCGACCUCCUCUCCUGCCUGCCGUACGACGUCAUCAACGCCUUUGAAAACGUGGACGAGAAUUGGAACCACCGAGCUGUCACUCAAGGCAUCAGCAGCCUCUUCAGUUCCCUCAAGGUGGUCCGCCUCCUCCGCCUGGGCCGGGUGGCCCGCAAGCUGGACCACUACAUCGAGUACGGGGCAGCGGUACUGGUCCUGCUGGUGUGCGUUUUCGGGCUGGCGGCCCACUGGCUGGCCUGCAUUUGGUACAGCAUCGGCGACUACGAGGUCAUCGACGAGGACACCAACAUCGUGCGCAUGGACAGCUGGCUGUACAUCCUGGCCGAGACAGCGGGCACGCCGUACCGCUUCAACGCCAGCGGCUCGGGCAAGUGGGAGGGCGGCCCCAACAAAGACUCGGUCUACAUCACGUCCCUGUACUUCACCAUGACCAGCCUCACCAGCAUCGGCUUCGGGAACAUCGCCCCGACUACGGACGGAGAGAAGAUCUUCGCCGUGGCCAUGAUGAUGAUCGGAUCGCUCCUCUACGCCACCAUCUUCGGUAACGUGACCACCAUCUUCCAGCAGAUGUACGCCAACACCAACCGCUACCACGAGAUGCUCAACAGCGUGCGGGACUUCCUCAAGCUCUACCAGGUGCCCAAGGGCCUGAGCGAAAGGGUCAUGGACUACAUCGCGUCCACCUGGUCCAUGUCGCGGGGGAUCGACACCGAAAAGGUGCUGCAGAUUUGCCCCAAGGACAUGAGAGCAGACAUCUGCGUCCAUCUCAACCGGAAGGUGUUCAAAGAGCACCCGGCCUUCCGACUGGCCAGCGACGGCUGUCUGCGGGCGCUGGCCAUGGAGUUCCAGACCAUCCACUGCGCGCCCGGGGACUUGAUCUACCACGCCGGGGAAAGCGUGGACAGCCUCUGCUUCGUGGUGUCGGGCUCGCUGGAGGUCAUUCAGGAUGAUGAGGUGGUGGCCAUCUUAGGCAAAGGGGACGUAUUCGGCGACGUCUUCUGGAAGGAGGUGACGCUCGCUCAGGCAUGCGCCAACGUCCGGGCCCUGACCUACUGCGACCUCCACGUCAUCAAGCGCGACGCCCUGCAGAAGGUGCUGGAGUUCUACACGGCCUUCUCCAAUCACUUCUCCCGCAAUCUGCUGCUCACGUACAACUUGAGGAAGAGGAUGGUCUUCAGAAAAAUCAGCGACGUGAAACGCGAGGAAGAAGAGCGCCAGAGACGGAAAAACGAAGCCCCCCUGAACUUGCCGCCAGAUCAUCCCGUGCGAAAGCUUUUCCAGCGCUUCCGGCAGCAGAGGGAGGCUCGCACCACCACGGACAAACCCAGCGAAGAGCACGACGUGGAAAAGGGUCCCGACUAUGCGGACAUGCCCAAAACGGCCAUCAUCACCACCAGCAUCGUCACGGUAACGGAAAGCCCGGCCACGCCGUCGUCGUCGGCGAGCCUGUUGUCGACGAGCCUGUUGUCGACGAGCCCCGGCAGCGCCCCCGCGGACAAGCUGAAGCUGCAGGUGCCGCCCCCGGUCUCCCUGGUGGGGGGUCGGGCGGCGGAGUCUGGCAAAGUGGUGAAAGGCUGGGGGCGCUUCAAGGAGUCCAUGGCCAAACCCGACAACUGGAAGACGGUGUCUAAAGCGGAGUCCAUGGAGACUUUGCCCGAGCGGACCAAGGGCCACGAAUCCCAGUUGUCGCUGAAGAAGACGGACUCGUGCGACAGCGGCAUCACCAAGAGCGACCUGCGCCUGGACAAGGUUAGCGACUUCCGCCUGACCCCGCAGGACAGGAGCCCCGUCCAGCCCUCCGAGACCAGACGCCCCUUUUACCCCAUCCCCGAGCAGACGCUGCAGGCCUCGCUCCAGGAGCUCAAGCUGGAGCUGAAAGACGUCCUGAAGAACAUCAACGUUCGAAUGUCUGGCUUGGAGGCGCAGCUCACCGAAGCGCUCCAGCUGCUCAAAGCCCGGACGCCCACCGCCGGCUCGCCGCAGCAUCUCUUUGACAUUUCCGGACCCGCUUCGCCGGAAGUGGACAAGGAGGACAUCUUCUCUUGAGAGAAACCGGAAGCGCCCGGGCGCCAUUUUACCGUAAGCUCAGCUGGAAUCCGCUAAUGUCCUGAUUACGUGGACAGCUGGGGCCGCACCGGGGACGCCUUUUAGACGAGGCCGAACCCCACGGCGAGUGACCAGGGAGACGUCCCGCCGGAGAAGCCAAGGCGGAAGCUCCGAGGUAACACUCCACGGCCGUUAAUUUGUAGAUACCAAACUCUCUCACUGGUUUCCAAAACGGCAUGACUCCAACGUUGGUGUUCGAUUCUUUGCAUGAAGUAUAUCACCUCAGCCUGCAGAUGCUGCGUGUUCGAUUUGAGCGAGGCAACUCGUUUGCGUGACGCCAGCGUGGCGGCGAAAGAGGCCGGUUGAGAGUUGCGCCGCCAGGGACGUACGCUCUUUUAUUACGGUGCCGUCCAGGGCUGCUUAUGAAUUAUACAACAGCGAACGGUACAAGAAGUUAUUGCUAUGAACAACGGAUAAACUAAACUAGCGUGAUUUUUUUAUUUAUUUUUCUUACAUAGCAUGAAAACACGCAUAACCAGACUCACUGUAAUUAUUGUGUGAAUGCUCCAAAUUAUUCACACAUAUAGUUUUCUACACCAAAAUUAAAUAAAUGAAUCCAUUUAUUUUUCUUCUUCUUCUCCAAAUUUUGGCACGCUCUACCUUCCACAUUUCCCCCCCGAUUCAAAUCGUUCCAACUUCAAACUGUUCAGCCUAUUUGGGAAUCGCAAGCUUUUCCUUGACAAAUUCCAAAACUUCCCAGAUUUCCGGGACAUUUUUCCCCAUUCAAAAUUAAUCGGCCAUUUUUCAAACUUUCACCAUUUCUACAUGUUUCAACGUUUUCAAACCAUUCCACCUUUAACAUUUGCCACCCUUCUGGGAAUUCAAGCUACCAUUAUUCCAAGUUAUAACAAAUUCCAGGAUUUUCCAGAAUUCCUGGUUUUGCAAAGCCCUAUUUCCACCCUUUUUUCUGGAAAGUACUCCUUUCACAUUUUUCAACCCACUUAAACCAUUUCACCAUCAAAACAUUCCUCUUAGUUAGGGCAAAAACAAAGUAGUUUUUUGAACUGGAAAAAUUCCUGUUUUUCCUGAAAUUCCAGGAAUUCCGCAAUACCAUUUCUUAAUUCAACAUGUUAUUACUUCAACAAAUCUCGACCGAUUUGAAAAAUUUCAACACUAACCAUUUCAACUCAUUCAGACCAUUCAAGUUUUUUUUUACCAUUUUCAAAAAAAUUCCAGAUUUUCCUGAAAUUCCCUUAUAACAUGUACUACUUCAACAGUUCAGCUCAUUAAGGACAUUAAUGCUCCUAAUAAUUUUCAAAAAAAUCCCGCUUUUCCCAAAAUUCCAGGAAGUUCCAAUGGAAAUGAAUGGGAGAUUUUUCUAAGUCGCACAAUUCCCACAUUUUUCAACCUAUUCAAACCAUUCCACUUUCAACAUAUUCCACCAUUUUGGGAAUUCAAGCUACCAUUAUUCCAAGUUAAAAAAAAAUUCCAGGAUUUUCCAGAAUUCCUGGUUUUGCAAAGCUCUAUUUCCACCCUUUUUUUCUGUAAACUACUCCUUCCACAUUUUUCAACCCACUUAAACCAUUUCACCAUCAAAACAUUCCUCUUAGUUAGGGCAAAAACAAAGUUGUUUUUUUGAAGUGAAAAAAUUCACGAUUUUCCUGAAAUUCCAGGAAUUCCGCAAUACCAUUUCACAAUUCAACAUGUUAUUACUUUGACAUUUCUCGACCGAUUUGAAAAAUUUCAACACCAACCAUUUCAACUCAUUCAGACCAUUCAAGUUUUUUUAACCAUUUUCAAAAAAAUUCCAGAUUUUACCAAAAUUCCCUGAUACCAUGUACUACUUCAACAGUUCAGCUCAUUGAGGACAUUAAUGCUCCUAAUCAUUUUUUAAAAAAUCACGCUUUUCCCAAAAUUCCAGGAAGUUUCCAUUGAAAUGAAUGGGAGAUUUUUCAAAGUCGCAAAAUUCCACAUUUUUCAACCUAUUCAAACCAUUCCACUUUCAACAUAUUCCACCAUUCUGGAAAUUCAAGCUAUCAUUAUUCCAAGUUUAAAAAAAUUCCAGGAUUUUCCAGAAUUUCUGGUUUUGCAAAGCCCUAUUUCCGCCCUUUUUUCGGGCGACUACUCCUUCCACAUUUUUCAACCCACUUGAACCAUUUCACCAUCAAAACAUUCCUCUUAGUUACGACAAAAACAAAGUUGUUCUGUAAUACCAUUUCUCUCAAUUCAACAUGUUACUACUUCGACAUUUCUUGACCGAUUUGAAAAAUUUCAACACCAGCCAUUUCAACUCAUUCAGACCAUUCAAGUUUUUUACCAUUUUCAAAAAAAUUCCAGAUUUUCCCGAAAUUCCCAAACACUAUUUACUACUUCAACAUUUCUUGCCCGAGUUAAACAAUUCCAACACCAACCAAUUCAGCUCAUUCAGGACAUUCAUGCUCCUAAACAUUUUUUUAAAAACUGCUUUUCCUUAAAUUUCCAGGAAGUUCCCAAUGAAAUGAAUGGGACAUUUUUCCAAGUCGCAUAAUUUCUACAUUUUUCAACCUUUUCAAACCAUUGCAACAUUAACACAUUCCACUCAUCCUGGACAUUCAAACUAACACUUUCCCAAAUUCCGAACCAAAUUCCGUUAUCCCUGGAGAUUCAAACUCUUCAACAUUUAAACCAUUUCAGCGUUUAAACGAUUUUAACAUUCAAACCAUUUCUACAUUCAUCCUACUUUCCAUUAGCAUUUCAGUUCAGCGUCAGCUCUUCAACGUUCAAACUAUUCUUACAUUCAUACUACAGUCUGUCAGCAUUUCACCUCAACUUCAGCAUUGGAGCAUUCACACGCAAUUCCUCUUCUAGUUAAAUAUCAUUUACAUCUCAGUGCACAAUUAAAUUUUUAGAGCGUCGAGAGUUGAAAGGUAAUUGUUUACAUUUUUGUUCCGCUGGUUUGCAUGCAAAAAAAACCCAUGUGGGCAAAAGAAGACCUCUUUUUGGUGGUUGCUAUGUACGUUUAGAGGAAAUAUGCCAACAUAAAAUGUGCAUUUAUUUCCAACGGGCAUUGCCUUAUGGUUUGGAAUAUUAAAAAAAAAAAAAAGAUAAAUAUAUAUAUAUAUAUAUAUA